CUUUAGUUAGUUUCACGUCAACUAUAACGUCAACUUUUAAGAGAUAUGUUAGAUAAUGGAUCGACAACCGGGACCCCUCAUCAGCAGUCAUCUCAGGUGUCUUACCAAGCAUUGACGGACACUAGGGUGAACAAUGCACGACAAGCGUUUGAAGAUAUGAAUCCAGCAGCUAGUCGUAAUGCUCAUGAGAUGUUCACAUCUGAGAUGUCGGACGAGCUGUUGGCUAAAAUGGCCGACCACAACGAGCCAACAGCAUCGGGUAAUCGCUAUGUCAAGCCCAUGGUCUUUGGAGGACUCGAUGGAAUAAGUACAAUGUUUGCUCUCAUCGCUGGCUCUGUUGGAGCCCAGCUCACUCUGGCCCACAUGGUUGCUGUAGGCGUAGGUAACCUGGUUGCUGGGGCAUUUGGAAUGGGCUUUGGCGAGUAUGUAUCGGCUAAAGCCGAAACUGAUGUUGCUGUGAAGGAACAGAAUAGAGAGCAAUGGGAGGUCGAGAACUAUCCUGAGGGGGAGAUAUCUGAGAUGGUACAGCUGUAUCGUACGCGUGGUAUAAGCAAGGAUGAUGCCAUCACAGUGGCUACGACAUUAUCUAAAUACAAGGAGUUUUGGAUAGAGCACAUGAUGCUCACUGAACUAGGGUUGUUCCCGGUAGACGCUGAAGACAGUGCUGCAGCAUCAGGAUUCGCCAUGUUUUGCUCAUUUAUGAUUUUCGGUUCGGUCCCCCUCCUGUCUUAUCUCCUCCUUAUAAUGUUGAUAAAGGAUUUGCCAGUAGCCGGCGCGUUUGCGGGUAUGCUGGGCGAGUUCAUAGUGUAUUAUACCGCGUAUAUGAAGACAUCGUUUGAUGCCGACAUGUCGCGUGACCUAGUGGAACGUUGUUCCUAUAGUCAGCUCGUUAGCGUAACGGCCCAGUUUGGUACCGUAUGCACGAGUUUGCUGACACUGUUCGUUCUUGGAGUGGUUAAAUCCAAAGUAGUUAGUCAGAAUCCCCUCAAAGGUGGCAUGUACAUGCUACUGCAGGGCGCUCUCAGUGCCGCCGCUAGUUACUGGUUGGGCGACCUCAUUCAGAGAGCCUUGGAUGCGGCUGGUGUGCACUGAUGUAGCCGUGGGUGCUGUCACGGACCGUUGCUGCCCGAUAAGCAACAUAUGACGGUCUCGUCUGUGUAUCUCCUCUAGUAUUAUUGUUGAUGCCAGUCGAGGCUUUAACGGGGCUACAGCAUCAUCACAUUUUCCGCGUCCAUCAGCUGCCGAUUUUUUACGUAGGCUGAGGCCAGUUCAGUAGACAUUAACACGCCGUACAAUCAUUGCAUUCUCGAUCGAUUUUACUAUAGGAGGAUUACGAGGCCCACGGCGCAUAUGUUCACCACAUACUACUCAACAACUACUCCAAGGUUAAGCGU